CGCUAGAUAAUCGCGCUGCUCGCAAAGGAGAGAAAUCGCUGCGCACCGCCUCAAAACCGGCUUACUGGUCACGCAGAGUUCACCGUGCACACGUCUUACAUACGGCGUUGACGCACCGCACGAAGCGAGGCGGAAAUUCGCCGCGCAAGAGAGCACCACUUAGCGCCAGUCGCAGAAACGCCGCGCGCGCGACACGGCAGCGAUGCGCGCCCACACACUAGCAGUCAUUAUCGCGCUCGCAGCCGCGUCGCCCUCGCUGCCAAGCGAAGGUUCUGUAGAAAAAAAAGGCAAGGAACUCGAGGGCAAGGCGCCGUCGCAGCUGCCGCACGAGUCGCCGCCGAGCGGCGCCGAGUUCCGCGUGGCCAACCGCUGCGCCCAGAAGGCGACGCUGACCUAUCCUAAGGUGAGAGCUGUGGUCGAUGUGCCGACGUGGCGCGGCGAGGUCGACGCCUUAGGUGAUGUGUCUAUUCCAUGCCUCGACGGAAGGCCUCUGAAGGUGCAGCUCGAAGCCACGUCCGACCUGCCGGCCUGCGAGGCCUGGGCGGACUCGUUCGAUUGUCACAGCGAAAGUGGCGGCGCCACGGUCGUCAUCGAGUGCGAUUCGGCCACAGCCAUCAAAUGUGCGGCUCGCGAGGUGCACGCGCAGUGUGUGGGUUGGGGCAGCAUGGCCGGCUUCUGCCCCGCGCGCUCGGCGGCCAUCGCAGGCCCCUUUCACGGUACCUACCAAUGUGGCGGCGGCUCCUACCUGUCGGACCGGGCGGGCCCCCUCGACGCCACCACUCUAUGCCCCCUCUGUCAGUGCGCGCACGAUACUAAAUGUAUCGGCAACGACUGCGACGCCUGCGGCGGCGUCGUCUCGCGGAGCGCGGACGCCGCCUGCGUGCCGUCCAGCUGGGCGGCGGCCUACUCCUCGGGGAAUCGACCGACGGCGCCGCCACAUAUGGCCAGCCACGGCGGUGAUGUGAUCAGCACGCGGCCGCUGCGCAGCGAUGAUGACGACGACGACGGCACGCUGGCGCCGACGCCGUUCGGCGCCGCGUCGGCCGACGCGUCGUCGACGGCCGCGAUCCUGAUCGCGCUCGUCGCCGCGGCGAUCACGGCCUGCGCCAUCCGCCAGGCCAUUGUGAAGCGGCGGAAGCGCGAGGCGCUGGGCGGCGCGCAGUUCGUCGACGUGCCUUCUCGCCCUCCAGCGAUGCGCACGUCGAUGCCGUCCAUCCCGAAUCCAUUGAGGGGGUCGAAGGGCGGCUACGACCAGAUCGGGGACGCGGUGGAAAUGGGAAAAGUCUGAUAAUGUGCUA